AUGCUGCUUACCCUGAAACCUUCCUCCCAGAACGGAGUGAAAGGGCCUCCCCAUGACUACGCCAUCGUUCGUCAGUCCAUUCCUGCCGCCCCACGGUCCUCUCCGCCCCCGGCGGUCUCGGAACCCCAGACACAGAGCAUGGAGUCCUCGCGGAGAGGAUUGCCGCCUCCCUCUGCCUUGACCCUGCCGCCGCCCGACGUUGCUUUCGCCGCCGCGAACCCUAUGAAUCAACCACAUCAACAACCCCUUCCGCCCCCUCCGCCCCCUCAACGGCAGGAUUCGGAUGCCUCCUAUUACUCUUGGCUCGAAGCCAAGGCCGAGGAAGACCGCCGGAAGCAGGAGGAGGAGAAGACCCGUCAGGAAACCUUGCGCCUGGAGCAGCGCCGGAUCGAACAGAGUAUGUUGCGGGAUUCCCUGCAUGCUGGCGUCCCGCCGCAUAUGAUCCCGCUCAUCUUCGCCGGCAUCAGUCAAGGCGGCGUGCCUCAAUCCGUCCUGGAAGUGACCCAGCAGUACAUAACACAAUCCGCUAUCCCUCCGCCGCGGGGACCCCCGGCAGCCCCCUCGAUGCCCGGCCCGUCGCACUCGUCACAACGGCGAGGGCCUCAUGUCCGUCGAGACUCUCGUUCUAUCCCCUCUUCCUCUGCUUCUUCUUCCUAUCCGUACGUGACGUCGACGCAACAGCCGGUGGCUGGACCCGGAGUGCUUCUCUCACAACCGUUGCAUGCCUCAGCCCCCUCGUCGACGCCGCCGUCGUUGAGCAGGUCCUCAGACCCCCGUGUAGCCCCGAGCAUGUCCCGGCUCAACCCCGGUGAGUCGCAGGGUUCCCAUCAACAACCUGCAAUCAACCUGAGCAACGUACAUUAUGCCCCGGGCUCUUCGGUACCGCUCUCGCAACCUGCGGCCGGAAAAUCCGAUUCGCAACCGCGUCCGUCGCCGCCGUCUCUGUAUUUCCACCACUGGGUCCCUCCAGCGCAAUCGCAUCCCAAUACUCCGUCGGGCAGAAACCGACAGGAAUCCCCCGGGACCUCGCAAGCUCCCCGUCGAGCCGACUACCAGAGCUCGCCGGGUCGCAAAAGAAAGGCGCCGGGCCCUCACCAACAAGCUCCACUGCCGUCCUCGCGUCCGUCGGACACUUUUCCUGGUUCCUCUCAGAAUUCCCGCUCAGGGUCUCCCAUGACUGCGCGGCCGGCAGAGCAGUCUUCACACACUCGUAAACGGAGUGAUGCGUCGAACCCGUACGAUAUCCGCAUGACUGAUCAUCAAGGCCCCGAGUCGACCAGUAGGCGAGCCAGUGUGACGCGGCCUGCGAUACGAACGAGGACAUCGGCGGAGGAAACCAGCUCGGAGAGGGGCUACAGUCGCACAGAGGACCAGGACCGCAGCGAGUAUCCGUCUCGAUUCGAGAGCCACGCCAAUUAUUCCCAUCGGGCGUCCCAAGGCCCUUACGCUUCUAGCGCUGGUACGGCACCUCCUGAUUCUGACGAAGAUAGUAGUCCUGGUCAUUCUCCUCGGACGGGGCUUUCUCGCCGGUUAAGGCGGUCUGAUGCAUCCCCGCGAAGACAGUAG